UGGGGCAAGGAAAACGAUGAAAUUUGGUUGCCUUUCCUUCCGACAACCCUAUGCAGGAUUAGUUUUAAACAAAGUCAAAACAGUAGAGACUCGCUGGCGUCCUUUGCUAGCAGACUACAAGAACUGCACCAUGGCUAUUCAUAUAGCUGUUAAGGACUGGGAAGAUGAAACAUGGAGAGCAAUUCUUUUGCAUAGGUUUGGUAUGACACCAAAACAAGUGCAAGAUUUGUUGGAUAAAGGGGAAAAAUUUGGCAGAGGAGUUAUUGCAGGACUAAUUGACAUUGGAGAGACAUCACUAUAUCCAGAAAACUUGCCUCCUGAAAAGAUUCUGGAGCUGGAAAACAAAGCUGUCCUCAGUAAUCUAGAACAGAAAUACUUGACUGUUGUUUCAAAUCCAAGAUGGCUCCUGGAACCGAUUCCUGCCAGAGGGGGAAAAGGUGUGUGGCAGGUGGACAUCCCCGAAGAAUUGAUCCCUUCAGAAGCAUAGGUGUUGGCCCUCACUAUUAUUUUUCGUGCCUAAAUGCAAACUUGUAAUUCACAAGUCAGCAUCUUGAAUAUCAGUGAGUUGUUUAGGACUCCCUUCCAAAACUAAUUGUUUGAAAUAGCAAAUACACUUGAAGAACUACUCUUUUGAGGCAAAAUAAGAUAUAAUUUUUAUGACCAUUACUGGAAAUUAUUAAUGGUUUACUAGAUUUUUCCUAUAUAUGUGAUUUUUUUUUUAAAGACAUGGUUGAGGUAUUGUGUGCCAGUUUAAAAUGUAAAUACAACCAUAUUAUGAUGCAUGCAACCUCUGAUUAUAUGAGGAAGAGAGAGUUUGUAGGACCCUUCAGAAAAAUGGUGCUUGAAAGCAGGCUGCCAUCAUUAAUAUGACAUCCAUCUCACAGCCCACUCCUAACCUUACAUUUGUGGGAUCAUUGAGAAAGAAAGCAUCUGAGAUAAGGCCAGUCCUAGGGGCUUCUCAAACAGAGGCAGAGAUUUGCUGGACAAAGUUUCUGUGCAUGGUGUGUGUUAUGUGCUGUAAAUGUAAAACUUCCAGAAAGGACCAGAUUUUCCUCAUUCACAGGUUAUGUAUAUUAGACAUGCAUAUGAUGGGGGGAGCAGUCUGCAGUAUACAGCUCUGUGACCCAACAGCCUGUGUAGAAAGGCCUUUAUUGCAAAGAAGGUGCUUGUACAAAAUUAACAACUUUGGCGUGGAAUGGACAUGUACGUAACUAUAUGAUGCUGCCACGUACCUUCUCGGCCUCCAGCAAAUGCCACAAGAAAGCUGCAGAUCUGAUACAGCAAGUUACUUAGCAAACACCAAAAAAAAAAUCCCAAUACGAUGAGA